AUGAUUACUCAAGGUCUGGGCAUCGUUACCCGAAGUAUUCUAAGACACUCAAGGAAGAACUUACGCUGUAAUUCGCAAGACCGACCCACCACUGUUCAAGCUGUUGUAAGAGCAGCUCAACCCCUGAAUUCAAGGAGAAUUAUUCACUCUUCAAGCGGCGAGAAAAAUGUUCGGAAAACGAAAGUAAUUUCUUCCAACUCCGCAAUAGAAUUCCCCUGCAUAGACGCCUUGGAGAACAAGAGUUCGCAACUUCAAGCGCUAUCUAUGCAAAGCGGCCCAGAACCAUCAUAUACCAGCGGUGCUACUCUCAAACAUUAUUGCAAAACUCCAUUACACCUAGACUGGGGUGGGGUGUUGCCCGAGUUUAAUAUUGCGUACGAGACGUGGGGCAAAUGUAACUCCGAUCGAACUAACGUGAUCCUAUUGCACACAGGUCUAUCGGCUUCUUCCCAUGCACAUUCAACGACACUAAAUCCCAAGCCCGGGUGGUGGGAAAAGUUUAUUGGGCCAGGAAGAUGCCUCGAUACCGAUAAAUAUUACAUUAUUUGCUGUAACGUUAUUGGUGGCUGUCAUGGCUCAACGGGACCAAUAAGUAUUGAUCCCGCAGAUGGACAGCGAUACGCCACUCGCUUUCCCAUCGUAACCAUUCAAGAUAUGGUUCGCGCACAAUUUCAGGUCCUGGACGACUUAGGAGUUCACAAGCUCUACGCCAGUGUGGGCUCAAGUAUGGGAGGUAUGCAAUCCUUAGCUGUUGGGGCUUUGUUUGCCCAGCGAGUGGGUAAGAUUGCAAGUAUAUCGAGUUGCGCACGAAGUCAUCCAUACAGUAUUGCAAUGCGGCACACGCAACGACAAGUUCUCAUGAUGGACCCUAAUUGGAACAGAGGCUUUUACUACGAUCGUAGUGUACCACCUCACGUUGGUAUGAAACUCGCUCGAGAAAUCGCUACCAUUACAUAUCGAUCGGGUCCAGAGUGGGGAAAGCGAUUCGGUCGGAAGAGAGCUGACCCGAGUAAACCACCUGCACUUUGUCCAGAUUUUCUCAUUGAAACCUAUCUUGAUCAUAGUGGCGAUAAAUUCUGCUUGAACUUUGAUGCAAACAGCCUACUAUAUCUCAGCAAAGCUAUGGAUCUAUUUGAUCUAAGUGAACCGGCUCCUGCUUGGAGAUUAGAUGCAACUACAAAUAGAGAAAUAGGAGCUCAGUGCAAUUUUACGCUACCUGAAUCUCCCUACGAAGAACAACUAGUACCUCAGACUUCAGCGCAAGAUCUUGUUCUCGGCCUUAGCGCUUUAAAAGAGCAUCCAACCUUAAUUAUUGGUGUUGCGAGUGAUAUCUUGUUUCCCUCUUGGCAACAGAAAGAGAUUGUCGACACAUUGAGACUCGUGGGGAACACUCAGGUCGUGCAUCAUGAGCUCGGAGAGGAUUUGAGCCUUUUUGGCCAUGACAGUUUUCUAAUUGAUCUAGAGAAUAUUGGUAGAAGCUUGAAAAUUUUUCUCGGAUAA